AUGGCUUCGUCCAAUCAAAACACGGAUCAGUUCAAGGUCCUCAUAGCUGGUGGCAGUCUUGUGGGUCUUGGUCUGGCCCUAGCUUUCGAGCGCGCUGGAAUUGAUUACGAGCUUUUUGAGAAGGGGGGCUUCGCACCGCAGCUGGGGGCCUCUAUCGGAUUUCACCCGCACACCAUACGGAUUCUAGAGCAGCUGGGGGUAUGGGAAGACAUUGAGAGGCAGGUUAAACCAUUGAAGCACCGAAAGCAUUAUGAUGAAAACGGGAACUGCUUCGAGGAUUCACAUGUGCUAGUCAAUAUCGAGGAAAUUCUUCAACGUCCAAUUGUCUUCAUGGAGCGAUGUAAGGCUCUGGAAGUCCUGCAUAGCCAUGUGAAAGAAAAGUCAAAGCUGCAUCCUCAAACUGCUGUCGUUGAAUAUGAAGAAACUGCGGAAGGUAUUAUUCUGACUACUGAAAAUGGCGCGCGGCACCAUGGCCAUAUUCUCAUCGGCGCGGAUGGAAUUCACAGCAAAGUCCGACAGCUUAUGGCUGAUAAUAUUGGUGUGACGAAUCCAAACCUCGCUAGAAAGAUCAACGAAGCCUUCACUAGCGAGUACAACUGCAUCUUUGCGGUUUCCCAGAAUGAGAAAUUCUUACCUGAUGGCAUGGUUCACAAUGUGUACUACAAUGACUACUCUGCAAUUGCGGCUGCUGGUGUGACUGGCCUUGUGUUUUGGUUUCUUUUUGUCAAAGAAUCCAAACUCACGAGAACGCCCAAGUGCCCGCAGUUCACAGAUGAGGAUGCAAAGACAUAUAUCCAGAAGUAUGGAAACUCUUUAGUAGGCCCAGGGUAUACCGUGAAAGAUCUCUGGGAAUCUCGAGUUACGGCCACAAUGGUACCUCUGGAGGAAGGUAUCAUCCCACAGUGGUGUCACAACAGGGUGGUUCUGAUGGGCGAUUCCGUUCAUAAGGCUACUGUCAACCCUGGCUUGGGUGGUAACACAGCCUAUGAAGGUAUUGCUCGUUUCACCAAUGGUCUCAUACCUUUGUUGAAAGAAAACCCAACACCAUCCGUUGAGCAGUUGACCGAGGUUUUCAACAAGUAUAUUACCGGGCAAGCCCCUCGAGCCAGAAGAGUCGUUGAUAUUUCCGGCUCAAUUACGCGUUAUGAAGCCCAAGAUACAUGGUUCCUCAAAUUCGCAGCUCGUCACAUUGUUCCAUGGUUUAGUGACAGAAUCAAGGCCAAAUUAUAUGCCAGUUUCUCGAAAGGUGGUCCUUGGUUAGAAUAUCUCCCAUUACCCGCUCGGGAUAUCGAUAUUGGAACAGCUGCCGAGGAACCCAUCCAGAGCAUUGCUCCAAGGCUGAUUGCAGGCACGAUCAUUUUGGGAGCUGCUGCUAUUAUCUGGCAGACACGCCGAGGGCCAUUAGCCUCUCUUUAG